AUGAGCAAUUUAUCAACUCCUCAACGAAAACAAAGUAAUGCAAGUGGUCACUCAGGUGAACUACCCGAACAAAUUUCCUCACGAGGUGCUAAACGUGAACAUGAAGACGACGACUCGGAAGUUGACGACGAUGAAACAAAGUCAGAAAAGCGUGCUGGCCGUCGCAAAAUUAAAAUUGAAUAUAUCGAUGACAAGAGCAGGCGCCAUAUCACUUUUAGUAAGCGAAAAGCUGGUAUAAUGAAGAAGGCGUACGAAUUAAGCACGUUGACGGGCACUCAAGUUCUUCUUUUGGUCGUAUCCGAAACCGGCUUGGUGUACACUUUCACCACUCCGAAACUUCAACCUCUGGUCACCAAGCCUGAAGGUAAAAAUCUGAUUCAGACGUGUUUGAAUGCUCCUGAUAAUCCAUCAACUACCGAUGCUGCACCGACACCGACAAGACAAGCUCAAACAUCUCCAGUGUAUGGAAAUGAUAAUUCUUCACCACUCGAAAGCAAUAGUGAUAACAUGUACGACAAUGAUCGGAAGCAUCCAUCAACAAGCGGUCAACUUUCCACCACACCGACCCACAACUAUGCUGCUGCCGCUCAACAAGCUGCUGCUGCUCAACAACAACUGAACAUGGGAUACACGAGUCAAUAUCCCGGUCUCCCCGCAAAUCUACCAAUGAACGCUGGUGGACUUUCUUCCAAUUAUAUGUCAACGCAAUAUCAAACUCAACACAAUCAACAGUAUCUUGGUCAGUAUCCUCAAAAUACACAGUACAUGCAACCUGGAUAUUGGCCUGGUAAUCCAAACGGAGCCGGAAAUGGAACCGGAAAAGUCCAACAAUUCCCAAAUCAGUCGCCAGAAAAGAAAUAA